AUGUCGGGGCUUCGGCGUAGACGGCCGGGGUCUGCAAGUGAAACUCCUGCUCUAGAAGACACUAGUGAGUCAACUGGACUGGAGAGGCCUAGUGAGAGUGAGACGCGUAUGGUGGCAACGGAAGGGAGAACUGCUCAAGUCUCUCCGUUUUGGAGUGAGCGAGCCAGGGCUGAAGCUGUUUUGGCAGCGGCAAGACCUGCAGGAUUGGAUGAGGCGGCUGAAGGUGCAAGUUCGGCGCGAGGGAGUGAUUCUACUGAGUUGCGAGCAGACACUGGGCGAACUGGUGCGGAUGAGACUCGUGCGCAAGCACGUGCAGAGGUAGAUGAGCUUCAACAAGUUCAGCUUGCAGGACCAUUUCCGAUAGGGGAGCCAAGAUCUUUUGGCCCUGGUGGGGUGGUGGCGCCGCUAGCUUCGGUAGAAGGCCCUGGAGUUCAAGCUCAGGAGUCCCUUGAACAUGCUGUUCCCCAGGAUCGCCCUGAGGAUGCCCGCCUUGGCAUGCGUCCUGGCGAAAGAUUAGUAGUGGAAAAGAUGCGAGAUCUUCUUCGCGAUCUUUUUGAUCAAAACCAGCGCUUGAUAGAACAGCAACAAACCUUGCAAGGGCGCGUAGAUAAGAUAGAGGAUGUCCAGCCUAUCAUGGGUGAUCUCUCAGAUAAAAGCUCCAUCUGGUGGUCCCAGGUGACGCGGGUUGCUCAGGAUGCUUAUGCAAACUGGCAACGGUCCGUCACCGCUUAUGCCCGACUGUUGCAAGCUGAGAUGGAGACUUUGUCACUGUCUGGAGCUGAUGUUGAUCUUGACCACGUUAAGAAGAAGGGCGUUGCUUCAACUGCGGGGCAGAGGGACAUCGAGUUGAGGCGUGCAAUCGUCCAAAAGGAGAUGCUAGCAAAGGGGCAAAAGGUACUGGGUGUGUUAGUUUCGGAGCUUGGAUGCGAAGUGGAGUGGACAGGUGGUACAUGUAAAGUGGUCCAUCCCAAAAGAGGAGUUCUUCCGGUAGUCAUGACCAACCAAUGUCCUGAAUUGGAUCAUGAUCUAACAGUUUCUCUGAUCAAGGAGAUAGAGAACAGGCGAGCUAGGCUUAUGCAGCGGGCCUUGUUUGUGAAAGCGUUGGAGCUUGCUCCAAUGGCAGUGGAGUCACAGGACGUGGAUCAAGGAUACCUUCGUUGGUUGCGAGACCUCAGUCCAGAUGCUCCGGCGGAAUUGCUUGCUCAGGUUCCUCCUGAGUGGGGGUCAGAGGUAAAGGGGGAAGAUGUUCCAUUGAACCGGCGAAUCCGCCGUCAGGUAAGGCAAGCCAAACAUGUGGUUCUCCAUUUGUAUUCCGGCAAGACCAAGGCCCGGGAAUUUGGAAGUCUUCCCAGUUCCGUGUAUGUCCUCAGCAUCGAUAUAAGCAGUGGGGCUAACAUGACAUCAGGAGCCCUGUACAGGUAUCUUUGUCAGCUGUGUGAAAGCGGUAAAGUCAUUGGAGUCCUGGGUGGUCCUCCUUGUGCUACUUUGAGCGUCUUACGCCAGAUUCAGGAUGGAGGGCCGCGACCUCUGCGCGGGCGAUCUGGAGUGGCCAGGUUUAGUCUAGAAGGACUAAGCGCGGCAGAGCAGAGUAGGGUAGAUAAGGCAAACAUUCUUAUCUUUAGAAUGCUGUUGCUGUACAAGAUCGCCAAUGAAGCCUCGGAGGGUAACACGUUCUUUGCCUUAGAAGGGCCUCAAGACCCCAUGACCUAUCACAAAAAGGUGGAUGCUCAGGUUCCUUCAUUCUUUGCAUGGCCUGAGGUACAGUACCUUGGGGAAACCGAAGGCAUGAUGGUAGCCUGCUUCAAUCAAGCGGAUUUUGGCCACAUGAUAACCAAGCCAACCUCCAUCCUCACAAAUUCGUGGAAGUUGUACACCCUCUUGCAUGGUAGGAAUGACGUGUACAAACCUGCGUGUAGAGAAGGUACCUUGAGUGAACGGAUUCAGCGCAGUCCGUUGUGGGGCAAGUGGGCGCCGGCGCCGGGUUUGUGUAGAGCCCUAGGGGAGGCCCUGAUUGGCUGGAUGUCAACUACUCCACAGCAGCGGGCUGUGAAUGAGGAUGAAGAGCAAGCUGUAAUCAAGGCUCUCUCGAAGGGCGAUCAAGCCUUUGUGGAGCACUGCGAAAAGGAUCAUCUGGGCUAUCGCUCAGCUCAGGACUAUGACAUCCCAGCAGAUUGGCAAGAGGAUGCCGCAGACCCAUCAGCAGAACCGGGGGCCAUAAAGGAGCUUCAGAAGCCUGUUCGUGUUGUGCCUCUUGUCUUCGCGGAACCCAUUGCAUCCAAGAAAGAUCAACUGCUAGCUGGUGGCCCCAUGCUGCACGACAAUGGGCCGAAGGGCGCUAUCGUCAAGGAACCAAUCCAAUUUGAGGGCACAGAAGAUCCUAAUGAAGAGGCGCCAGACUUGAUGGCCGAUCUUCAAGAGGAUGCUGGUGCUGCAGUUGCAGUAAGACUUCUCCAGUCGGCCUUUUUCCUGCUGUUCGUCACGUAA